UGUCGAGGGAGAGUCGAAAUCAUACCAGCAAAUCCUACAAGUUGAAGACGAAGUUUAGAAGUGUUUAACGAAAUAGAAGCUUAAAUAUGUCGUCUAUUCAUUUUAUUUUAACUAUUUGUUUCAUUUUAGGACACUUUUAUAUUUACACUUGUGAUACAGACUGUGUAGAAGAUUAUUUCGAAUGUCUCAUGAAAAAUGUUACAAUGGAAGAAUGUGUUGCAACGGAAAAGCAGUGCUGUGAAGCUUCAUUAAAUGAAACAGAUGAUAUGUGGACCGAGGCAUUUAAUCAUUGUCUUCUGAAAGAAUAUCUUCCGCUUGCUAUAAAUUGUCUUAAUACCGAAGAAGAAGGAGGAGAAUGCUCGCAAGUUCUGGAAGAAUAUUUUAACAAGACGGAUAGUAAUUACAAUGAAUUUUGGAAAUCAGUCCUGUCAGCAGUACAGCGUCCAACCACAGCAGAAGAAUGUGCAGAUUCUUUUUUUACUCAACUGCAUGAUUCCCGCAUGAAACAAUGCGAACAAAAUAAAGACGAAGUCCUGGAUGAUUUGUGUUCCUUGUAUACAAAGCAUUCUUCUGAAUGAAUUUGUAUUCAAUUAGUAGUACACUUACAGCAAAGGAUUACAUGAAAUUUUGAGA